AAAAGCAACCAAUCGUCGAAGCAAGUGCGCGAUGGUUUGCCGUGGUUUAGCGGCGGUGGUGUUGCUGGCGCUGGCCUCCGGUGCCCUGGCCGGGAAAUGGUGGGAAAACGCAGUUAUCUAUCAGAUCUACACUCCGUCCUUCUACGACUAUAACGGGGAUGGCAUCGGCGACUUACGAGGUAUUGAAGAAAAAGGCGAUUACCUAGCUGGCUUAGGCAUUGACGCAGUUUGGCUGAGCCCAUUCUUUAAAUCACCAGGGGUUGACAAUGGUUAUGAUGUUAGCGAUUUCAGGAGCAUCGAAACCAAGUAUGGGACGAUGGCGGAUUUUGAGAACAUGUUGAAAACCCUCCGCGAAAAAUACGGAAUUGAGAUAAUUAUCGACUUUAUUUUAAAUCAUACGAGCGAUCAGCACGAGUGGUUCAAAAAAUCCGUCAAGAAAGAGGGUGCUUACACAGAUUACUACAUCUGGAAGGAUCCAAAAGGGUAUGUUGGCGGAAAACCAGUCCCUCCAAAUGAAUGGAAAACAUCCCCAAUGCUUGGAGGUACAUCAUCGUGGGAAUGGAACGAGGACAGGAAACAGUUUUACUACCAUGCUUAUCACAAAGAGCAACCCGAUCUGAAUCUUCGUAAUUCUAACGUCAUCAGGGAGUUUACGGAUCUGUUCCACUUUUGGCUUGGAAAAGGAGUAAAAGGCUUUAGAGUAGGUGCUGUCUCGUACAUGUUUGAGGACGAAAAUAUGAGAGAUGAGUCUUACUACGGACAACAUACCCAGUCUCAGGCGGAAUCUUAUGAUCUAAUAGAGGACAUCCGAGCUUUCUUGGACGAAUAUGGUGAAAAAAAUAAUGUUGAUGUUUUGCUGAUGACCGAAGCCAACGGCAAGCCUGACAUGGUUUUCAAAUAUUAUGGAACUUCUGGAUCCCCAGGAGCUCAUAUACCUUUCAAUUUCCUGCUCCUCACUCACUUGAGGCAAGACACGAACGCUCAUGGGCUGAAUGACACCGUUGCAGGAUAUUUAGGAAGUUUGACAUUGAGUCAAAUGCCUAACUGGGUGUCAGGAAAUCACGAUAUGGUACGGAUUCCGUCCCGCGUGGGGAGCGACACUGCUGUGGACAUCGUGAACAUGCUCAACAUUUUGCUACCAGGCUCCUCAACCGUCUAUUAUGGAGACGAAAUCGGCAUGGACAGCUACUGGAACAUGGACAAAUCCGGACUCACGAAGAUACUGCAAGAAGACUACCGCACACCCUACAGAACCCCCUUCCAGUGGUCCGAUGAGAAAAAUGCAGGAUUCACCACAAAUGAUUCACCGUGGCUUCCGGUACAUCCCGACUACUACCGAGUGAACGCAGCAACGCAAAACAAAACUCCCAGAAAAUCAGGCGAGACAACUCACUUGAGGAACUUCAAGAAAUUGGUGGAGUUGAAGAAACUGAAUCUUGCUCUCCGCAAAGGGAAAGUCUCCACUUACGUGCUUGAUGAAUAUGUUUUCGCUUUUGUCAGAGUUCAUGGGAAAGCAAUGUGCCUUGUCAUCGUAAAUUUGAGCCAAUCGCAGAGCAAACCAAUCAAUCUUCUUAACAAUAUUCCUGUUGCAAGAAGAGCCAAACUGGUUGACAUCGAGGUGAAGAGUGUAAACAUGCCUAGGGAUCUUACCAAGACGCAACUGUUCCCCGGAGAUUUUACCAUGCCACCUAAGUCAGGAUUGGUGCUGUCUUUUAGACUUUCAGCCUCAUCCGAAAUCGGCGAGGAUGAGGAUCCAUCGGAAUCUUCUGGUGAGCCGAGUUCCCUAAACGAGGACCCAACCCAAUCUCUGGUGACUCGGAUGAUUCCGUUUCCUCCUCCAGGCCCUCCUCCUUUCAUGCCUUGGAUGUCAGGACCACCGAUGUUCGGACCAAUGGGCAUGCCCUGGCCCCCACCGCCGCCGCCAUUCAUGAUGCCAUUUGGUGGUCCUCCACGCGGUGGGAAAGGGGCGCAACGGGCGCAACGCCGGCCGCAGGGGCCGCAACCGCCGAGGCCGCAGAACCAGCAACGACCCAACGGGCAAAACACCCGAAAACCGGUCGACCUGUACCACAACCUGAUAAGCGCACCCUCCCGCGGCGUGAGGCUGGCGGCCAAACUCCUCGGCGUGGACCUGAACCUGAAAUCAGUGGACCUCGCCAAACAGGAGCAGAUGCAACCCUCUUUCCUCAAAAUGAACCCGCAACACACGGUGCCGACGAUGGACGACAACGGAUUCUACCUCUCCGAGAGCAGGGCCAUCAUCACCUACCUGGCCAACAAAUACGGCAAAAACAAGAACUACCUUUACCCCAAGGACCCCGAGAGACGAGCAGUCAUCGACCAACGACUGUACUUCGACAUGGGGACUCUCUUCCAGCGGUUCCUCGAUUACUGGAUGCCGUACAUGUUUGCUGGGGCCCCGUUAGACGAAGCCAAGUUGAAAAAGUUGGAGGAGGCGUUCAAGUUCUUCGAUGAUAUGUUGAAAAGAUCCGUUUAUGCUGCUGGAGACAGAAUAACAGUUGCCGACGCGGCUCUUGCUUCGUCUGUGUCCACGAUUGAGGCGGUUGGUGUGAUCGAUGUCGACAAUUACCCGAAUGUGAGUCGCUGGUAUAGGAACGUCCAAAACGCUCUUCCUGAUUACGAGAACACCAAUCAGAAGGGUGCUAUGGCGUUCAACGAGUUUGCCAAUGCGAUGAUUAGCAAGUGGAAGAAUGCUUAGUCGGAUAUUUCGCGUGUCCGCUCAGUGUCCCAAGCUUAUCUGUAUUUGUACCCCCGAAACUAUUUCGUAGUUGAUUUCAAUCAAAAUUUCCUAAAAUUGAUGGAAAAGUAAUAGUUAUAAAAAUUAGAUUUGUUUGUUGGUGAUGAUGAACUCCAGAACAACACAGAUUUCAAUAUAUUGAAAUAUUUUUUUUUAGUUUUGUAUCACCGCGCAGUAUUAAAAUUUUAAUGCAUGAA